AUACAUCAAACUUCAUUAUAAUUUGAAAUCAACGGCAGUAGAAAAAUUAGAAUGAUCGUAAUACCUUCUAUUAAAAUAGUGGGAACAAAUUUGCAAACAACCAUCUAAUGCAGAGUACUUACUUUGUGGAUCAUAUUCCAAAGACAUUUCUUCUAUAUUAUUGAUAAUAAAUCUUAUUAAUAUUAUAGAACGGUAUGUCGAAACCCGAUGGACAUGUUUUCACUGAGGCUGAAAAGGCGCGUAUGGAGCGAAAUCGAAUAAAAGCUUUACAUCUCAGACAAGCCAAACUAGUUGCAUAUCCUUAUCGAAAAAAGAAUGGAAAUUCAAAUACCGACCAAGAUUCUGUAAUAAAAGUACAAGGCACUAAAUAUAUUGAUAGCGGAGGUGGCUUUCUAUUAGAACAACCCGUUAUUAAAUCAAAGGAAUUGACAGGAACCAUUGGAAAUGAAUGCGGAGGUUCCAGUACAGAUAUCAUUAAAGUUUCCAAUGAUGCCAUUAGCAUACCAGUAAAUUUCGAGGAGUGUCUUGAAUGUGGUGAUGCAUUUGUGGAAUCUUAUCUAUUCAGUAACUUUGGUGAAGCUGUCUGUGAUAAAUGUCGCGAUCCUGAUGGUCGGCACUCACUGAUAACUCGUACCGAAGCCAAGGCUGAAUAUUUGUUGAAGGACUGCGAUUUUGACAAACGUGAACCUCCUUUGCGAUAUAUAAGCCGAAAGAACCCGCACAAUGUUCGAUGGGGAGAAAUGAAGCUUUAUCUUUUAAUGCAAGUUGAAAAACGUGCAAUGGAGGUUUGGGGUACCGAGGAGGAACUGAGCCGUCAACAUGAACUGCGUGAAGAAAAACGUGAAGUAACUAAAGUGAAGAAAUAUAACAAACAAAUGAAACAUUUACGUAUGGAAAUACGAAGUAGUUUAUUUACAAAGAAGACGAAAUCUGUUCAUCAACAUGACUUCGGUCCCGAUACGUACAAUGAGAAUGACGAUAAUUAUACACACACCUGUAAAACGUGUUCCUACACAGAAACCUAUGAAAAAAUGUAAUUUCUAGAAUAAUUUAAUAUAUUUUUCAUAUAACAAUCAAUUUAAAUAUGCAGGACAUUUUAAACCACAAGUAUUUAUUUCUUAUAUAAGCUCCCUUUGCUAUUGAUUUGCGUAUAAUUCGUUGUAUAAUAAAAUUUAAUAUCUUCAAAAACAACUUUUAUAAUUGAUUAUUUUAUUUAUUGAAAUUCAUACAUCAAUAAUUGUUGACAUGAAAACAUAAACAGUAAUAUGUUUGUUGUGUCGCUAUUUCAUGAUUGUUCUUUUGUUAUUGUUUCUUUUUGUUAGUGCAAGCGAGAUUGGUGAUUACGGAAAGCAAUAAUCGAAAAGUGGUAUUGUAGCAGAUGAGUAAUCGAUAAAUGAGUUAAUUUGGUAGACCUAAAGACAAGGGCGAAAUCAGACGGCUGAUAGAGAUUCAUGCAUUUAUUUUAAAUUGAUUGAAACUUAAAAUAGGUAAUUUUCAUCGCAAAUUGCUAACUUGUGUAAAGCUAUAUCUUUCCAUCCCUACUGCUUUGUCAUGCUUGGACAUACACACACAGUGACACACUAUUAUUCACAAAUGUCACAUCUAUUACUCACUUUUUGGUAGAGCGAUUAAUUUGUGCAUUUUUCUACAGCUAAUUUACUUGGUGAAUUUUUGAGAAUUAGUGAAGAUUUUUUAUAUUUGAUUUGUUAAAAAGGAAAAGUGUUUGUGGUGGUUAAUAGAACAAAUAAAUUUAGAUUAUUUAUUUGACCCAAAACGGAAUAAUUUAAAGGAAUAAAA